AAAAAACGGCCGAGGUCGCAUGCGGAGCCUGCUCUGUGUCGGGAUCGCAGUCGUCGCCGGCUACAACCCGCUGGGCGGCGACCUCUGUGCGACGCUCAACAACUGCAACGGCCAUGGCUUCUGCAAUACGGCCACGAAGGUGUGCACGUGCCAGGUCGGGUGGGGCGCGCCGACCGACAUUUCGAUCUGGAAGACCCCCGACUGCUCGUUGCGCACGUGUCCGGCGGGCCUCUCGUGGAAUAGCGUCCCGACGUCCGCGACGACGGGCCAUACAGUGCUCGCCGAGUGCUCGGACAUGGGCAUCUGCAACACCAUCACGGGCGAAUGCAACUGCUUCCCCGGCUUCCAGGGCCUCGCCUGUGAGCUCUCGGGCUGCCCGAACGCGUGCUCGGGCCACGGCCGCUGCCUCUCGAUGCGGUACCUUGCAAGCCAAGCAGCAGCGCUGCCGCUCUCGCCGGCGACGACGUACUACGGGCUCCAGACUACCACGACAUGGGACCAAGAACGCAUCUUUGGCUGCGUCUGCGACUCGGCGUGGCCCGUCGGCCUAGCAUCCGGACAGACCCAAGAGCCCGAGUGGUUUGGGGCCGACUGCUCCCUGCGGCACUGCCCGUCCAACAACGACCCGCUCUCCGGCGUGACCGACACCGACUGCGCGGGCGUCGCGGCCGCCGGAAGCGCGUCGGUGGGUGCUCUCGGCAACCUCUGCCAUAUCGAGUGCUCCAACCGAGGCAUCUGCAACUACAAGGACGGCUCGUGUGCGUGCUUUGAAGGGUUCCUAGGCGUCGACUGCAGCGUCCAGGUCGUUGGCUAAUGGGAGAUGGGGACACCGAUAACGACGCGUUGUCGAAGAAAUAACACACACACUGGUGGC